GCAAAUAAAAAUCCCACCUUGCCUGCUCUGCGUUUCCGAGGCGAGCGAAACCCUCGAGCGCCACUGGAACUCAUCUCCAAUGUCCGGCACUCUCCAUCUCGUCUCCGGCAACGUCUCAGGUUAUGUGAUCUAUGAUGGCAAAUGUAUUCCUUGCCCAGGGGCAUCUGCAAGAGCAGCUCCACCUCUUUAUUCUUCUCCUGGAUUAGGCAGACUCUUUCACAGUGUUAAUGUCAUUUCAAAAAAGUUUCCUGCUUAUGGUGCGAGGAGGCCAUUUUUAGCAUGUCGAGCAAGUUCCAACAGCCAAAGAAGGAACCCGGAUUUCUCAAGGCAAAACAAAGGCAUCUCUAAAGGCAGGGGGAGGCAAUUCCAUGGUCAAGACAAUUCUCAGAAUGCUGAAGAUGGUGAUGUACUGUCCUCCAAAAAUGGGCCACUAUUUUCUCUUUCUGGCAACCAAAGGUAUCAAGCUACUGCUACUCCAGGUAAAAGGGAGAGGGAGAUUGUUGAGCUCUUCAGAAAAGUCCAAGCGCAGUUACGUGAACGAGCAGCCAUCAAGGAAGAGAAGAGAAUUGAUGCUACGCAGCAAGGUCAAAGUGAGAGAGGGACUGUAGAUUCGCUUCUCAAGUUAUUGAGGAAACACUCAGUUGAUCAGGACAGAAAGACUUCUGAAGAAGAUGAUGAUAAUGACCUGCUAGACAGAAGCAAUCCAUUUGAGGAUGAGCGAGUCCCAAACUUCUUUGAUUCUAAUAAUAUCAACGGAGAAGUUAAUGCGCCAGAACCUGCUCCAAACCGCAGGCCAACUUCAAAUUUCAAGCGGAGAUCUCCUGUUCCAAGGGUGAAAUUUCAACCAGUAUUUGCAGCAGAUGAAGAUGAAAAUGCUAUUUCCCUGUUGAAUAUUCAGGGAAAGAAAGGAUCUAGUAUUGAUGUGCCUAAUAGAUCUGGUACAACUGAUCAAAUUGUGGAUUCGGUUUCUUAUGUAGAGCCCAAUGGAGUAUCUUUAGAUGUUCCAUCAUAUUCUUCCGAGUAUGAUGAAACUUCUUUAGAGUUUACUGAAGUAAGCUACAGAACCAAGGGGGCGUGGACAUGCAAAGUCUCGAGGCAUCAAAGGUUCUUCAAAGAUAGAAGAGAAGUUCUGGAACAGCUGAUCAAGAAGUUUUGGAUUCAGUUUCAUUCACUGAGCCGGAGCCGGAGCCGGAGCCGGAGCCAGAGCCAGAGCCAGAGCCAGACGAAUUAUCAUUUAGAUGUGCCAUCCUAUUCUUCUGAUGCCCAUGAAAUCCUGGAAGAAGUUGCAAAAUCAUCAGUUUUAGAGCCUACUGACUUGAGCUCCUUGAAACUCUCAGAACUGAGGGACAUUGCAAAAUCUCGCAGUAUUAAAGGUUAUUCAAAGCUGAAGAAAAGUGAUCUUGUUGAACUUUUAAGUGGAGAUGAUGUCUGAUAAUUUGGUGUUUAGGCAUUGAUAAUGUUUAAUUCACGCAUCGGCUCCACUGUUUAUUUUCAUUCCAUCAUCUAUAUUUCUUUCUAGUUAGUUUUCAUUUUUAUCUUUAUUUUUGGCAGUUUUGGUACCAGAGGGACUAACAAUGGAAAGAAAUCCGUCUUUUGUUUGUUAUUACGUUUGUCUGA